CACAUUUUCCUCGCCCCUAGUGCAGAUGGAGAUGCAGAUGGCGACGCCACUAGUGCUAGUAUAAGAGAAGAGGACGCCCCCCAGCUCUCUCUGGCCUUCCUUCCUUCACCUAGCUUAGCAGCAGCAUCUAUCCUCUCCUCCUCGACCUUCCUUCCUCUCUGCCGGCCGGCACAGGUGAGAUCGAUACUCGAUGGCGGCGGAUUCAGUAGCAACGACGACGACGACGCCCCGGCCUGUGGUGCGACCCAAGCGGAAGAAGGCUCUGGUGGAUUACCUGGUGACAUUCCGAUGGAUCCCUGCCAUCUUCGUGGCCCUUCCCCUCUCGGCUCUCAUCUACUUCUGCAUCUACAUCGGAGGCAUGCUGUCCUCCAUGAAACCCGAGGAGCGCCGGCGCAGGGAGCACGAGGAGAACGGCCACAAGGUCGUGAGGCGCCUCAAGCAGAGGGACCCCAAGAAGGACGGCCUCGUGUGCACGGCCAGGAAGCCAUGGGUGGUGGUCGGCAUGCGCAACGUCGACUACAAGCGCGCCCGCCGCUUCGAGGUGGACCUGUCGGCGUUCCACAACAUCCUCGAGAUCGACACGGAGAGGAUGGUGGCCAGGGUGGAGCCUCUGGUGAGCAUGGGCCAGAUCACCAAGGUCACCUGCCCCAUGAACCUCUCCCUCGCCGUGGCCCCCGAGUUCGACGACCUCACCGUCGGCGGCCUCAUCAACAGCUACGGCAUCUCAGGGAGCUCCCACAUCUACGGCCUCUUCUCCGACACGGUGGUGUCAAUGGAGGUGGUCCUGGCGGACGGCCGGGUGGUGAGGGCCACCAAGGACAACGAGCACUCGGACCUCUUCUACGCCAUGCCGUGGUCGCAGGGCACCAUCGGCUUCCUGGUCGCAGCCGAGAUCAAGCUCAUUCGCAUCAAGGAGUACAUGAGGCUGACCUACACCCCCGUCAGGGGCACGCUCAAGGAGAUAGCGCAGGCCUACGCCGACUCGUUUGCUGCAAGGGCUGAUGCUGAUGCUGCUGAUGAUUCAAAGAAGGAAAAUCACCAGCGCCAGCAGGUCCCUGACUUUGUGGAAGGCAUGGUGUACUCCCCCUCCGAGGGCGUGAUGAUGACGGGUGUGUACGCCACGGCGGAGGAGGCCAAGAAGAAGGGCAACCGGAUCAACCGCGUGGGGUGGUGGUUCAAGCCCUGGUUCUACCAGUACGCCCAGACGGCUCUGCAGCGGGGCGAGUUCGUGGAGUACAUCCCCACGAGGGAGUACUACCACCGGCACACCAGGUCCCUCUACUGGGAGGCCAAGCUCAUCAUCCCUUUCGCCGACCAGUUCUGGUUCAGGUUCCUGCUCGGCUGGCUGAUGCCACCCAAGAUCACCUUGCUCAAGAUCACCCAGGGCGAGGCUAUCAGGAACUACUACCAUGACAACCAUGUCAUCCAGGACGUGCUGGUGCCGCUGCACAAAGUCGGAGAAGUGCUCGAAUUUGGGCACCGAGAACUGGAGGUCUACCCUGUUUGGCUCUGCCCUCAUCGCCUGUUCAAGGCCCCCGUGAAGGCCAUGGUGCAGCCCGAGGCCGGGUUCGAGCAGCAUCCCCGGCAGGGCGACAGCAGCUACGCCCAGAUGUACACGGACGUGGGCUUCUACUACGCCCCCGGCGCCGUGCUGCGCGGCGAGGAGUUCGACGGCGCGGAGGCGGUGCGGAAGCUGGAGCAGUGGCUCAUCGCCAACCACGGCUUCCAGGCGCAGUACGCCGUGUCGGAGCUGAGCGAGAAGGACUUCUGGAGGAUGUUCGACCCCUCCCACUACGACCACUGCCGCCGCAAGUACGGCGCCGCGGGCACCUUCAUGAGCAACUACUACAAGUCCAAGAAGGGGAGGAAGACGGACAAGGAGGUCAGGGACGCCGAGGCGGAGGCGGAGGCGGCGGCUGCCAUCGUCGAACCGGACGCCGCCGAAUGAACUCCAAUCAACUGCCACCAGUCCUGCUUGCAAGCCCAAUAACAAUGCAUGCACCCUUUUAGUUUAGUUUAGUUUAAGUUUAUGUAUGCAGAUGAUGCCGCUGUGUGUCCGUUCCGUGGAGCAGCAGCACCACUUUGUUUGUUUCCGACUUCCUGAGCUAGUGUUGCAAUAAAAUAAAGCAGCAAGCAGUUGUUGUUUCUGCUCCGCUCAGCUCA